AGAGAACGCACCGUUACUUGGUUGCUGAAACUACUACUGCAUUGAAGAAACGACGGGAUUCCAGUGUUGGUUGACGGUGGGUUUAUGUCAAACACCGGCGGACACCUCAACUUAUGUAAGGACGAAGACAACAGUAGAAGUAAACUACUUUUGGAGGCGUUUCGUUGUGUGCUCGGAUCCGCUGCUGGGUGGGAUCAGUGUCGCAAAGCACAGGGACUCUGUGGGACAGCAAAAGCUUCACAGUCUAUGGGAACUGCUACGGCAGUUCGUCAGCCGACGCGACGCUGGCUGCUAAAGUCGGCACAGUUUUAAUCUGCACGGACUAGGAAAUCACGUGCAUCGCUGACGUCACGGCCGCAUUGGCAAAUGCAUCCACCACCCCAUCGCAUUCUGGAAUGACGAGUCAAUGCAGUCUUCCACAGGCCGUCUUCCCCUGCGGCUGAGAACCCAGCAGCACUGCCAGCAUGUCCCACGUGUCCUCCGCCGCCAAGCGCUACGCUGGCCCGUCCUACACCAGCCACUACAGCUCCUACAGCCCCAUAACCCCCAGCCUUAGCUCCUACGGCGAGCGGAACAGGUUGUCCUCUUACAAGUCCCCUACCUCCUCCUCAGGUUACGCCUCUUCCAGCUACCUGAGUCGAAACUACAGCACCCCAGACCGCGGCCGGGUCAUCCCACGGACUGACAUCCUCGGGAGUAGCAACAGCAGCAGCAGCAGCAACCGCCGCAGUGAAAGCCUCAGUCGAACCCCUGUCAAGAGCUAUGCGGGUUCUGGACUUAGCGGGGGGUCAACCUACACUGCAUACAGCUCCUAUUCGUCCCCCUCAGCCCAGUCCAGCUACCUCUCCUCCUCACCGGUGGCCUCCAGAAUGUCGCUCAAUCGACGAAAAUCAGCAUCCCAGAGUGACUUAAGCAGGGACUUGGCUUCUCUGGGCCUCAAUGACGCCUCAUCCUCAUCCAGCCCUUCUUCCUCCUCCGGCGCCUCGAGGAGCUACCGCAGUCGGGCCAGUGACGCGCCUACCUCCCAUGGCGCCAAUUCCUCAGGCCUGUCACGGAGCACAACUCAGGAGGCCCUGUCAUGGAGCUCCACCAAGGAGGCCUUGAGCAGCAGCAGCAGGUCAUACAGUUCUUCAACGUGGGAGCCAAGCACUAGUGGCAUGCCCAUGUCCCCCACUAGGGACUCCACGAACUCAAAGAGUGCACAGGGUCUGGUGGGACUGAAAAACCUCGGAAACACGUGUUUCAUGAACAGCAUCCUGCAAUGUCUCAGCAACACACACAGCCUACGAGACUACUGCCUGCACAACUCGCACCGAAGAGACCUUAACAACAACAGCCGCACCAACACAGCCCUCAUGGAAGAAUUUGCCAAGCUGAUACAAACCAUGUGGUCGUCGACCAGCAGCGAAGCAGUCAGUCCGUCCGAAUUCAAAACUCAGAUCCAGAGAUACGCUCCGAGAUUCGUAGGAUACAACCAGCAGGAUGCUCAAGAGUUUCUGCGCUUUCUCCUGGAUGGCCUGCACAACGAGGUCAACAGAGUCACAGUCAGGCCAAGAGGCACUGUGGAAGACUUUGAUCACCUAUCGGACGAGGAGAAAGGGAAGAGGAUGUGGAAUAAAUAUCUGGAGAGGGAAGACAGCAAAAUCGUUGACUUGUUUGUUGGGCAGCUGAAGAGCUCGCUGACCUGCAGCCACUGUGGUUUCUGCUCGACUGUCUUCGACCCUUUCUGGGAUCUGUCUUUGCCUAUUGCCAAGAAGGGCUAUGGUGAGGUGAGCCUUAUGGACUGCAUGCGGCUCUUCACCAAAGAAGAUGUUCUUGACGGAGAUGAGAAGCCAACGUGCUACAAGUGCAAAGCAAGGAGAAGAUGCACCAAGAAGUUCACAAUACAGAAGUUCCCCAAGAUCUUAGUCCUGCACCUCAAACGCUUUUCAGAAGCGAGAAGAACCAGCAAAUUGUCCACCUUUGUGAAUUUCCCUAUGAAGGAUCUAGACUUGCAGGAGUUUGCCUCCGAAAACAGCAGCAAUGCAGUUUACAACCUGUAUGCAGUGUCCAACCACUCAGGCACCACCAUGGGGGGUCAUUACACAGCCUACUGCCGCAACCCCACAUCCGGGGAGUGGUACACCUUCAAUGACUCCAGAGUAACGCCAAUGUCCUCCAGCCAAGUACGCAGCAGCGACGGCUACGUCUUGUUCUACGAGCUGAACCCUUCCUCCCGCAUGUGAAGCCUGGGGGGCGGGAGGGGGACAACAGGUACUGCAGCGCCACCCUUGAUGGAUGGUGGAAGGAGCGUUACAAUGCACGCACCAAGGCUCCUGCGCCAGGAUGGAGGAUGUCAGCGGUGGACAUGAGAGAAGGGCACACAAGAACUUUGAUCACCAGCCCUGCUUUCUUCUGUGUUGUCUGUCUUUCUCAUCCAGGGUAGAGGUGUGCGUGUGCGCGUGUGUUUGUGUGUGUGUGUGUUAGCUGGACACAGGGCAAUAAUCCCAUUCACCUGAGGAACCCACAAGUCCCACCCGCAUCCCCUAAGUCUAUGCACCACAAGCCCAACUCCUGACUGCGCCUUCACUUUUUCUUGGUUGCCUCAAAACAUUUUUUUGUGUCAUUUCUGCUUUCCAGUGUUUUUUUUUUUUUUUUAAAUUUGUGGUUAGCGCAUCGUCAUGAUCAGAUAAAUGCGCUUGUGUGUGAUGUUUUUAACUUGGUUGUGGUUACAAGACCUGCAUCCACUGCACCGUAACACUCCAGCUGUGUCUCAAAUGGAAUAUUUCCGUCAGUACAAUACGCACACUGCGUACGCUCUCAUUUUCACUGUCUCAAAUCCACUGCUGUUGGAAAUGAUGAUGCGUCUUCUCUCCUUUUGAUUGUGAAUUGCGACCACUCGAGUUAGCCCCCUCCCCUUCAGCAGGAUUGAGGACUGCACGCUCACCAUCUGGGUACUGACGUCAAUUGAGACACAGCCCGUGUCUGUAAACAAGGAGCUACUCCUUCUCACAUGUGGCUGCUACUGAUGUUUAAAAAGUGCUGUGAAUGAUUGACAGUUUUCAUCUAUUCAUAUUUCUUAAUAUCCAUAACAGUCCGCAUCACCCAUUAUGAGGUCUUCCUCUCCUUUCAUGCCAUGGAACAACAAGGAAAGAAUGUUUUAAAGAAGACACACACAUAAAAAAAACCCAUGAUCUGUAUAUUUUUAUAUCCUGAUGCAAUAUAGAGAAUGUACUAUACAAUGGUGCUGAAGCUGACCCGUAACUGUUUUCGUUUGACUUCUGUACCGAGUUUCAAGGAAGAAAAGAGAUAUUUAUGCUUAAAGGAUGUUGUAACGAGUCACUUUUUAACAGAGGCAGUCGAACAUGAUUCGGUAUCUAUGAAUAUAUGUGAAUAAAAGGCCACAAAAA